UUUCUUUGAAAUCGAUAAAAUUUAUUUAACGUUGUCAAAAACUGGCAAACAAUCAAAAAUAUUUUUUUUUCAUCGUUUUAAUAUCUUUAAUAACAAUAAAAUUUGAUUUUUCGCAACUGAAGGAAUAUAUUGUUAUGAAAGGACAAACGCACAAAUAUUAUACUUUUAAUAUGAAACUCUCAAAAAAUAUCUGUUGCUAGUCAUCAAUAAUUCUAUUUUUAAUUGCUUUUUAUAUUUUUUGGUGAGAUUUUCAUUUGAAAUUUGUGCCACCUAUGGAAAAAAAUUGUACGCUUCGCCAUAUUAUUCAACCAGAAAUCGUGUUACUGGAAAUACGGCUUUAUAGGCGGUUGUUUUUGUCAUGUGAUAUGUUUCUGUCAAUAACAAAACGCUUCGCAUAAACAACACGCAUGCGUACCGAAGUCUGGCGUAGAUAUAAAGAUUCAUGUCAGUGAGACGCAUUUCAAAUAUUAUGAAGGACUUUGAAACGGCCAAUCGAUUUCCGCGACCGGAACCAGGACGAGCGUGUGACAGGUCGCGUUUGACGACGACAUGAUGAAACAUGCUUUCCGAUACGUUGUAAAACGUGUCAGAUUCGACAUUCUAAAAAAAAUCUCUGCACGGGAUAUUGCAUUAGUGUAGGAAAAUUCAAUAAAACUCAGAAACACUGAACAAGGCUAUCGAUCACGCGGAUUAUAGAAAAAUGUAUAAAAAUAAUAUUAAAAUUAAUAUUGAAAUAGUAAUAAAAAAUGCGUUCCUUAGAUUAUAAAGAUGAAUUCGCGAUUCCAAUUUCUAUCAAUACUUAUUAAAUUUUUGUAUAUUGAGCAUUGUAAUAACGUAAAUAAAUAAAUGUUUUCUUUAAAAAUAAGCUGGAUUUUUAUAGGUAAAUUUUUAUUGCAAAAUAUCACGAAAGGUUCGUGUUUUCUCCGAUAAUGUUUUUAUUUGCUGUUGUGCAAUAGCAUAAGGACAACAUUUUUAUACCGAUGUCCCAUAUGUAAGAGGAGGGAUUCACAUUAGGUAGUUUCGUCUCAAACUCCAUAAAAGUGUAGACGGCGGCCAAUCGAUUCUGUGCAUUGGGCGACCACGACAGGUGAUUGAUUGGUCUUACGAUAGGUUGUGGAUCGGCGUACAUGUUUGAGAUUCUGGAAAAAAGAAAAUUAAAGCUGCCGUAAAAAUCCGCGCAAAAUCGCAUCCGUGGAAAUUCGUUUUCCUCCUUUUAUAUCUUUUUUUCCCCAUCCCUCCCAAGCACGUAAAUCAUCCGCUCGACGACGCGAUAACGCCGCGUUGCUUUUACACUUUGCAGACGCCAUUCUUUUUGUUUUGUUUGCUAGGUAAUACCCCUUUUGCGAAGCGAUUAAUUGUAACGACAGCCGUAGAUUCUUCGUUGGGCUGCGCGGAAACGUAUGCAUGCUAUCAACGUUUGAAGUAAAGCAACUUCCUAUUACUUGGCUUUGAGCUGUUUCUGUCGCCAAAAUAGCCUGCAGCACUUUAUUCCAAGAAUUUAGCAGAUGAUUAAAAAACGAAAUAAUAUUGUUUUUGUGAUAACACUACAAAAAAUAGAACAGGGCUUCCGUUUGUAUUUUGCUGUGCAAAAAUUGUUAAAACGUAAAUUCGGAAAUUUUUAUUUCUUUUUGUUUCUUUUAUGGUUGCUUCCUGGCUCCCGAAAGAGAAAAAAAAAUUUUUUUUCUUUUUUUCAGAAACUUUUAUUCCGCAGAAAGCUUUUUAUUUAGCUUUCUGUCGCUUUUCUAAAAAGUCUUCAAAUUUUUUUAAGACAAAAUUUUUUUCGCGGAGGUAAAGGUGCAUCAAUAACUCGAAUGCUCGUGUCGGAAACGGCGAUAUUUAGUACCUCACCGAGUACAUACACACACGGAAGAAAAGCGGAUCAAUUCGCGCGUAAGAAUCACGUGAGGCAUCUGAGAUGCGCAACACGUGUUUGGACACGUGAGGAAAAAGACGGAGAAAAAUUGCAACUUGUGUUAAACAAGCAUCGAGAGACGAAAAGCCGACGAGAUAAGAGAGCUUUCCCGCGAGCUUCUCAAUGACAGCAUCGUCGUCUAGCGAGACGUCCCAUCGAUUUAUGGAUUUCCCGUCCUAUAAAUAAGUUACCGGGUUUCAUACAAAAUACGCGACAUUGCAGAAUAGUGCGACAAGUUUGUAGAUGAAUUUUAGAUCUGAAAAGAUUACAAAUGUAUUAAUCGUAGAAACUCCCUCGUAUAUUAUUCCUCAGCAUUUUUCUAUGUUUUAAUACGCGAAACUUGUCUCUGGAUUUACGAGGCCCUAUCCUUUACGUCUGUACAAGAACGUGUCGCACUAGCGGCACGGCGAAGAUAUGCGUCGUAUGAUAAUUCCGUACGUGACCGCGAUUUGCGGAGAGAGAUUUAACUUGUCCGUGGAAGCUUGCGUGGAGCACGUUGAAGCGAGACUUUGAAUAUUCCGAGGAUAUCGGCGAUAGCUGGAUUUGCAGUUUAAUACAUGCCAAUCGGUGAGAGAAAAAAAAACAAGUGAUCUAGUAUUUUAUAGAUUUCUUAAACUUUGGCAUAAAGAAAUAAGAAACUGAAAAAAAGGAUUAGUAUUCUUAUUGGUUUUCAAAAAAAUAGAGUUCUUUUCUUUUUCUAUUAUUAAGUUUUCUAAAAUUGCGAGAGUUACUGCUUUUUUUUUCUAACGACGAAAAUUGAAUAUUCCUUAUUCCACGAGAAAGAACGAGUGUAGUCGGUUCUAUAUCGUCAAAGUAGUUCUCGUAGAUGUUGAUCGCAUUAUUCUGUUGUAGACAGCGUUCCAUCGACUAAGCGAAUAAGUUAAUAAAACGAUAAUAGAAUUACUAAUCCUCUUAUUUUACACUCGAUUUUUAUUGCAUUAAAAAUUCUUUAACGAAAAUGUAUUUAUCUUAAUUAAGAUUACAUAUUUUAUACAAGUAUGUACAUAUUUUAAAUUGUUUCAAAUUAUUUGUUUUAACUUUAACUAAUAGUGUCCCUAAAACUCUACUGUAGAAUACAAAAAUUAAAUACGUUUUACCAGAAGUUGAGUAUUAAAUAUUGAUAUUUUAUUUUAAUUUUUGAAAUAUAUUGUUCUUCAAAUAAUCGAAAGUGUAUUUAAAAUGUAUUUAGCUUACGACAGUGAGAUUCUUUAUCUUCGGUGCCCAAGAUUGCUUCAACACACGCCAACAAAAUCUCAGCACGGCUUCGUCGUCCUUCACGUUUAUCUCCUUAGGCCAACCGCCCUCCAAGUGUAACGUCCCAGUCUGUUUUGUUACUUUGAAAGCGGUCUGCAUCUGACAUAAAAUAAAAAAUAAAAAGGGAUAUCACAAGCUGGGCGCAACGACGACGUUAUAAAAGCAAUCUUUCCUCUCCAUUUCUAACCGUCUUUUUAUUGCAAAUGUAAAACCUAACGCCCCCCAUACUUAACACUCGAACACCCUUGAGAAACGGCAUCACGGCGGCGCGGCGUUAAAGCGGUUUACUUAAAGAGAAAAUACGAAAUCUCCGACAUCCCCUUUUGUCCUGUAUUUUGCACUAUCAAUCCGUAUUUUAUUUCUUCUGUAGACGCAAAUCCUUAUUCCUGAUAUGGAAUUGAUCGCAUAAAUAUUUAUAAGAUUUUAACACAAAUUUACGAUUAUAUGAUACGUGUCAUUCUCAUAAAUAUUGAUUAUUUAUGUUUUUGUGAAAUUUAAUAAAUUUAAUUUUUUCAUUGUGAAAAAAUCCGUGGUUUACGAUUUAAACUGAUGCGAAAUGCACCGUGAAAUAAUAUUGUGUUUGAAUUAAACUUUCCACGAGUUUUAUUUCGUGCAUUCCCCGGAUUGAAAAACCUAGAUUUUCAUCAUAAAUUUUACAUAUUUUUUAGAGAAUUGUAGACAAUAUUUAAUUUAAACUGACGCAACACUGAUUCUCUGAAAUGUAAAAAUAUUAGGGAGGCAUAUUUACAUGUCCGAUGCACUUAUUAAUUCUUGGAAAUUAAAUGUGGAAAACGCGAACGUUAAACUUGCUGCAGAAUUAGUUCGACGAUGAUUCAGCAGAGCUAUUUUCAUAAACCCCCGGCUUUCCCUUAAAUCCUAUGAUAUAUUAAGUCGCAAACAUAGAAAUUAUUAGCGUUUAGCCAGUGUUUAACUUACGGAUAAUCAGUUUAUGCGGUUGACGAUACAUUUUGAAGGCAUGUACCACCAUGCAAACAUAGUAAUAGAACAACUCGUAUUUAAAAUCUACUUGUUAAAAACUUUAGUGUACUCAUCCAACAUUUUAUUUGCGAUAAGUUCUAAUUUCAUUUUCUUUUAGGAGUUUUUAUUUUCUUUAUUAUAUAAUUAGUUUACAUUCCUUUGAUUGGAAAGAAAAUUACGUAAAGACUAUAAUUAUAGAGACAAAUAAUUAUAUAGGAAUAAAGAGUAAUUAUGACUAACAAUUAAUUUGAAUAAUAAGUAAUAAUCAUAAUGAAUUUUAAUAAACAAAACUUAACUUGUGAAAUUUUUAUGCUAUCUUUUUCGGAUAUAUAAUAAUUUUCUCACCUCGUGAAGAGCGUAUUGCUCGUACUUUUGUACGCCACGGUGACAGCGUUUCUUGCGGAUGUAGUCUCGCAUGAGUUUCGAAUUCGGUAGGAUAUUCUGCUGAACGGCAGUCUUGCUCUUUUCGAAGAAGCAUUGCUUACCGAACUGCGACCUUGGCUUGAUGUAUGCGUACGGAAUCAGCAUUAUCGGAAACCGUUUCCCAGGUUGUGAGACGUAAAACGAGGAAACGAUGAGACACUCACGUAAACAGAGACAAGGUACCUCCGUUAAAUUACUUAGAAGGUGGGCAAAGGAAAUCAGCGAACGGUGCAGGUUGCACGUUUAUCUAACCGCUGAUACUUUUCACGCACGAGCGCCUGACGUCGAUCGUGAUACGCGAUACGCUCGAUAUAGCGUGAAGGGCCAUUAAAGUGAUGUUCAGCUUGUGAAACGCGACACGCGAACAAACCAUGGCGUAAUGCAGUUUUUUGAUCGAAAAGACCAGUGUCUCAGAUUCUUUAUUAAUGAUAAAUGUAAAAUUAUUAAUUACAAAAAUUAUGAAAAUUGCAAAAAAACAUUUUUAUAAAAAUAAAUAGGGAAGCUCAAAUUUAAUUUAAAAUCCGACUUCAUAAUCUUAUUUUCAUAAUUAGAGCAAUUUGUUUUUCCACAGUAAAAAUUGAAAGGUUUUCGGAAAUUACGUAAACACGGACGUAAUAAGUCUCUAUCCCGUGUAUAGAAAAUUUUUCUUUUUUUUUUAUUAAAUAGAAAUUGGGUCUCGAAUUCGAAAAAAUUAUUUAAUAUAAACUUUAAAAUGGACAUAUGCAAUAGCGAUAAUGUAGUAGAACUUGUGAGAAAAAUCUCUGUAGCGUAAUCUUCUACACGGCGCUGUUACCGCGGUGCAUCCUCUUUGUGCAUCGGCGAUUUGAUUGCACGUCAAUUCGCCGCGCUGGAUGCACUCUAUGGAAUUACGGUAGCGGGCGCGCAUUCUCGUGCCGCCGGGCCAUCGCGAUGACAUUAUCCCUUCGCCGAGAGCACUCACAAUUUCUGCGGUUCGCAAUCCGGCGUCCGCCAAUCAACGCUUUCGCGCCGUCCGAUAAAUCGGAUGAGCCCGUCGCCGGGUGCUGCACCUAAUGAAUCAGAUUCGAUGCGAAGCCACCGGCAUUGUGUGAUCGAUUAUCCUGCACACGCGGCGACUCGAAUCUAGAACUUGGCGAUACCCCAAUAACAGAUUCAAUUUGCGAAUUCCUAAUGGCUACGCGGGAUCGGGUCGUCGAAGUUUUAAGGAAUUGCUGCUACGCAUCCAUUAGCGCUUAAUACUUGUAACAGAAUGGAUAAUCGAAAGCGGUUUCCAAAAUAGAAUUUCUAUCUGCAUAGCUUAUUAUUAGUUUAUUAAUUUUAUACAAUUUAUAUAAGUCUACUCAAUUUCUGUUUCCGGAAGGAAUUAUUUUGUUUUCACUCUAAUUAUAAUUUUCAUCUCAAUUUGCAUAAAAAGAGCAUAAUAUAAUCUGCCAUCCAGUUGUGAACAAUUAUUAGUUCCUUAUUUAUAAAUAUUUUCAGAAUGUGAAAAUUCACAGAAUAUUUUUUUAUUUAAAAUUUAACCAGCGGUUUUAUUUUCUUCUAUAAAACAUCUGCCCAAUACAUACGUAUACACAGUUUAAUUAAAAAUUAUAAACAGUUCGAAUGAAUAUUAUGUGUAAUAGCAUAACGAAAUUCCAAAUACGAACCAAAGACACACAAAACCGCAAUUUAAUUUUAUACGUCUUCGGUUUGUAUAUGAAACUUUGUUAUACUAUUAUACACGUAUGCUAUAGUAUCCAUUCCAACUGUUUAUAAUUUUGAAUUUUAAUUAAACCGUACAUACCCAUGUGCGUACAUAUCUGUUGGACAGGCUUUUUUAUAUGAAAAUUAUAAUAUAAAGAGGUUGAAAAUGUAGCGUCCACAGUUUGUAUGGACGUAAACUAAUGACAACGUUAUUCCACGAGUUCUCAAACGGAAUUCUCCAAUCAAUAUCCACGUACGAGUUUUCAAAUCAGAUAAUCCCGGAGACUGAACUACUCGUAAUGAAUCUGAUCGAUCGAACUGGGCCGUCGCGUAUGUGCGACGACAUAUAUCGAAGAUGAACCCCGAAGCGCGCCGCUAAAGCAAUUUAGCCGCGGAUUCUAAACCACGGUAGCGGCGUCGCGAAUGGAAAGUUUGGAAUGGAAUUCACACGACCUUUCCUACGAUUCUAGGGUUCUCCGAAUUUGGGUGGCAAUUAGGACCUAUGUUCAAUGGACGAUCUCCGGCCGACGGAUGGCGCGACGAAGUUACGAGAGGGACUGGAAAUUAGUUUCGGGCGUUGAUGCGAAAUGAUAGGAGCGAUGAAUUGUGACAUUUAUAUUGUAAUUCUGUAAAUUGGUUAUACAUUUAUUUACAGCGGACACACCUUGUAACUUUGAUAUGUAUGAACGUUGCAGUAUCGAUCAAAUUCGUCUCAACGUGUACAUACUUCAAUUCGUUCAACUUUUUACUCAGCAAACCGCGCACGUUUCGGCAUACGUGUUGCGUCAAAAUUUUCGGCAACCACAAUAGUUUUUGAAAUUCUAAAGUAUCCAAAUGUAUCCUCUUCGGAUCGCGAGUGUGUAUAUGUCAUUUCUUACACGACUUCUUUAUUAACUUUAUAUAAGUUAUUGACGCAAUCACAGCUACAUUGUACCUAAUAAUAUUUCGACAUUUCAAAAAUUUUACUUCGACCUUAAUAAGCGAGAAAAGCGACGAUAGAAAGGCAUUGGGGAAAGUAACAAGAUCAAAGUCCAACUACAAGAAUUCUAUCCCGAAGCUUCUAGCGAAAGAUGGGAGCUUUCUGGCGUAAGGUAAAGUCAUGUUGGAAAGUCUCAACUUGCACCGAGCAAAAUGUGUGUUAAAAGAACCGUAAAGAUUUAACUCGCACAUUUUAUACGAAGAUAGUGCUCUGCAUUGAACCGUCUUACAGUUAUUAAGAAGUCGAGCUUGUUUACUGGCGAGUGAGCUCUCAGUGAGAGUAAAUUCAAAUAUUGCAGGCGUUUCAAAGAUUUUAUAUUUCUUGCGUAAAUAAUACGUUUUCUCAUCCAGGUGUCUCCACAAAGACGAUCUCAGAGCCGCACUCAUUUAUGAAACCAAGAAUACUGUCAAAGAAUUUGAUCAAAGAGGAAUCUCAUUCGUCCCAACAAAGAGCAAGAUUUGCGAGAUGAAUAUUUUGCCUAGAAUCUUGACAGCUUUGUCGCAUGAGAAAUCGCGAGUGACACACGUGUUAAAUGAGUCCCUGAAGAUUCCACGGAGAUCACUGGUGUUUCAUACUUUUCCAAAUCGCAUGCUUUCGUAUGGAAAUUUUAGUACGCGAGGAACUGAUUCUGUAACAGCUGAUGAUUUGUCACUUCUACAACGUAAUAUUAAUAAAGGUGUGAUUAGACGAUUGAAACGAAGGAAGAGUUCGCAGUCGAGCUGCGAAACGGAUGAAUCAAAACGAGGACAAGGAUGCAUCGAGGAUCAUCGGCAAUCCGCGGAAUCCUGCGAAAAGCCACACGAAUGGCGCAGCGAUGGUUAUCAGAUGCCGACAGAAAGUUAUCAAAAGACUUGCGACGAUUUAUCGAGUCGAUCGAUCGAAUUCAGUUCUCCAAUCUGCUUGGAUAAACCUGUACCAUAUAACAAUCGGCAGGAGUGCGAGUCACCGAAAAACGAGUCUUGUGAAUCAAACCAAGCGACUCGAAUAACAUCCGAGAAAUGGUUGUAUGGAAAACCAGCAACAGAAAGAAAGGUUUGUUAUAAAUGCAAGCCGAAAUUGUGCACCUAUCUGAAAAAAGAAGAAGAGACAUGUUUGUCAUCGAAUAAAUCACGAGAUUAUUGCGAAGAUAAGAUGACGACAGACAAGUCGAGGCAAAUUGAAUCUUGUCCUAACUCACAGCCUUCUUUUUCUCAAAAAGUUAUAUCGACUGAGAGAGAAAUUUCUUCCGAGAAAUGUGAAAUACCAAUGGACGAUCUUCCGAGAGAUACGUUCGAGUACAACGUGAAGCCCGAUCCUCCACCACCUAGGUAUCCACACUGGAGUGAAAAUCUACGGUCUUGCUUGAAGAAGAUGACUUGUUCAUCCACUGUUAAAGCCUCACCAAUGACCCUCAUUCUUGAGAAAGGACCGCGGAAAUUUCGGGCGAAAGACACCGCGUCAUCUGCACAGAAUAUUCAUGAGGAUUGCAGCAGGAAUCCAAAUGAAAAUGAGUGCGGUAAAACAGAUGUCGAGGGGUCGUACUUGCAGAAGAGUGCAUCAAAAAAGUGUACACGUCGUUGCGUGAUUUCUUUCGAGGACAAAUGUGCCGCUUCUUUGACAGUUCCUACGCCUGUCGACAGAACGACGGAAUCUACAAUUCAACAAUUUCCCGCGCUAACGAGGGACGGUCGUUAUCGCACGGAGAAAGCUGAAAAGAAAUCUGUCACCCCGGACGAUUGCAGUCCUAACAUGGCGAGUUUCAAGCAUCGAUUGAGUAAGUGCCCUGGCAUUAAGAAAAUGUGGGGUAUCGACAUCAAACACGAGCCACCUGUUGACAUUAGUGUCCAGCAAAAGCAAGAAGCACUUUUGCCCCACCUUAAAAAGACGAAGAAAUUAGAAUUGUCGCCAGAAACCACAAGAAGAAAGAGAAAGAGGUUCACGUCGCGGGUAUCUGGCAACCGUUGGUCGCAACAGAGAUACAAGAUUCGUCUGAAGAUUUUCCAAGAGGAAAACGGACGUCUCGAUCCUUGCCUGCCGCGAAUCACCGAAGUAAUACAACCGCGCGGCGAAAGAAUGCAACCGAAGUUAUUAAAGUCUGCCACGGACAAAGGCGAAUUUUCUUCGCAAUCGAGACGCUCGUGCCCGCAUUAUUCUCCAUCCAAGAUACCGAUUGUCGAGACGAAGAGUUAUCCGACGAAAAUCAACGAGAGCAGGGUGAUUCGCGAUCAAUACCUGAGAAAACAGCCUUGCAAAAAACGUCGCUGAGCUUUUGGAAACUACUUUGCGAUGUGGAAUAUUUGAAAAUCACGUUGAGUCAACAUUUAUUUUAAGAAUAUUUAAAAUUCGCAUUGUUCUUUCAUACUUUUGGUACAAAUAUAAACUUUAAUGCGAAAAGGACAUGAAUAAAAUAUAAUAAAUGCGAGAAAUAAAGGUUUAAAAAAAUGGCACAUCAGUGGUAUUAUUUUAUUAAAUAUUGUAGGUACAGCUUAUAAUUCACUAAUAAAUGUGAAUUAUAUUAUCAAAAAGCAAUGCUUGUUCAUUUGCUGCAUUAUAGUUAUCUUGAAAUAAUUGUUUAAUUCUACCGAUGGCAUAUAAAAUUUCUACGGCAAAAAAUUUUCUAAUUAUUUAUAUAAUUUAUAUUGCUCUUCAUUUACAUUAAUAGGAAGUGGCAUAACAGCUUUUUAAGUGAAAUAUAUGUGCGAAACAUGCAAAGGUGACAUUACAAAGGCGUAGGAAGGGAGGCGCGGAAAUGAAAAAAAUUCAGCUCGCGUGGCUCGAGACGGCUGCAAAAGAAGUCUGUUCGCAGCAGCUGGCCUCCAACUUUUCACGUUUAUCAUUAUCUCACCCUCUCGGCGUACACCCUUAUUUUUGCACUCGGUGGAACAAACUUGCGCAUCAAACGCCGUUGUUUUAUGGCCGAUAUACAUUUUCAUUUCUGUCAAGAAAUGAUAUAUCUAGUAGUCCUAAUAAACGCGACUCGGGAUUUAGUGAGCAUUUAUCUUGUCUACAUUGUCGGAAAUAAUGGGAAAAAUAAAAACGUGCGAGUUUGCGUUAAUCCAAUUCCAAUAAUUAAUGCGCAGUCAUAGUAGGUUUUUGCAUCUCGCAAUUUAUGUUUUUUCGAUGUAGGUUCUCUCGAUGUAGUUUUGCAGAAUAUUAAAACUGUCAAGCUGUAAAACUAUAGUUAACUAUUUGUUAUUUAAUUUUCAUUAUAAUAUAAAAUUUUUGAUAAACAAUUAAGAGAGGGAGAAAAUAAAUUGUGACAUGCGUCCAAAAUGCAUCUUUAAGAUAUAAAAAUUUACAUUUUGGCACAAUUAUCUUACAGAUGUACGUGAUGUACACUUCUUUCAAAUUUAAUGCUCGAUUUAUACAUCUAGCAUCCUUUCUUUUUACAUUUGUUUAAUGAGUUCAUAAUACAUACAAGCGACGGACGUAUUACCAUCGCUCCAGUGGCUUCAAAAUUGCUACUCAUUUAUAAGUACGUUAACCUGCACUCGUUUUUUCCUCUUCAUUGAGAUCGUAUGCGAUUAAGGCGGCAUUCCGAAAGGAGUACGGUAAAACAGCGGAAGAACGAUUGCUGGUCGUAACGUUCACGAUUGUUAACUUCUAAUUGAACACCGAUGAAUAACCGAUUCCCGGAUCGGUCGUUUUCUCUAACGGACUCGAAAUAACCACGAAAAUCAUGGUGACAUUCUACGAUACUCAUACGGUACGAUU